CGCGCGCCUUCCGCCUAUAUUUAUUUAUAGGUAUCCACGGCGCCGGUGCGUUGCGUGCAGCAAGCAUGGCGGAGCAGCUCAUCUCCACGGCCGACCACGACACGCUCCCGGGCAGCUACGUCCGGCCGGAGGCGCAGCGCCCGCGCCUCGCCGAGGUGGUCGCCGACGCCUCCAUCCCCGUCGUCGACCUCGCCGACCCCGACCGCGCCCACCUCGUCUCCCAGGUCGGCGCCGCCUGCCGCUCCCACGGCUUCUUCCAGGUGCUCAACCAUGGCGUGCCGGUGGAGCUGAUACUGUCGGUGCUGGCGGUGGCGCACGAGUUCUUCCGGCUGCCGGCGGAGGAGAUGGCCAAGCUCUACUCCGACGACCCGGCCAAGAAGAUACGCCUCUCCACGAGCUUCAACGUGCGCAAGGAGACCGUGCACAACUGGCGCGACUAUCUCCGCCUGCACUGCUACCCGCUUGACCGAUACCUCCCUGAUUGGCCCUCCAACCCAACCUCUUUCAGGGAGAUCGUGAGCACAUACUGCAAAGAAGUUCGAGAGCUCGGGUUCAGGCUCUACGGAGCGAUAUCCGAGAGCCUGGACCUGGAGCAUGACUACAUCAGGAACGUUCUUGGUGAGCAGGAGCAGCACAUGGCGGUGAACUUCUACCCAAAGUGCCCGGAGCCGGAGCUGACGUUCGGACUCCCGGCGCACACCGACCCGAACGCCCUCACCAUCCUCCUCAUGGACCAGCAGGUGGCCGGACUGCAAGUUCUCAAUGAAGGCAAGUGGAUCGCGGUGAAUCCACAGCCCAAUGCGCUGGUGAUCAAUAUUGGCGAUCAGCUACAGGCGCUAAGCAACGGCAGGUACAAGAGCGUGUGGCACCGUGCUGUUGUCAACUCUGACAAAGCGAGGAUGUCCGUCGCCUCCUUCCUGUGCCCCUGCAACGACGUGCUCAUCGGCCCAGCUCAGAAGCUCAUCACCGACGGCUCCCCGGCAGUCUACAGGAACUACACCUACGACGAGUACUACAAGAAGUUCUGGAGCAGAAAUCUCGACCAAGAGCAUUGCCUGGAGCUCUUCAGAACCCAGCCGACGACGCCAUCCGACCACUCCAUCUCGAAUUCUUGAUUUAGGUUUCUACUCCGACUACUCCAGAACUUGUUGCAGUACUCUUUGGCUCUUUGUAGGCGUAGUUUCUGUGUAGACAACCUAGUUGAUGAUGAUGACGAUGAUGUUGCGAGAUGCUCGUGUGUGCUGAAUACUACUCGUCGUGUUUGGGAUCUAGCGAGGAAUGAAUCAAUCAGUCGAUUGGUGAAGUCCAACUGUGAAGAGUUGCGGCAAAAAUCACCUGGGCGUAUGACGUGGCUCGACACACCCCGACGCGGCGCAGGCGGCCGGGGUGGCAGUUGAACUCCGCCGCUCCCCCUCCCCGUCUCGGCGGCCGGCGGUCGAGAAGGGGGCGGAGCGGAGAACCGGAGGAGCGUGACGCGAGAAGUUGACGAGAAGCCGUUCUGAGACGCGUCCCAACCAUGGGCCGGCAUCGCGUCGCCGGGCCGUGGCCCAGGAGAAAAGAGAGAAGGCACGUCCAGACUAGGAAGGCGGGUUUUACUAAAGUACGCCAUCAGCAUAGUUAAAACGGAUUCGAAGGGUGUUCGUUCUCCAAGGGGAACGGAUUAGAUAGGGAAGAGCGGAGGAGGAAGCGGCCGCGCCUUGCUCGCUUUGCUCCCGCCGUUAUCUCUUCGUCUCGCGCGCUCCCCGAUGCACGCCGCCAUGGCCACCGCUCCCUUGUCCCUGCAUGGCCUGCCUUCCCCCACCGCCACCAAGCUCUCCUCCUCCUUUCUCGGCUCCCCUGCCUCCUCUUUCCUCCGGCCGCCGCCUCUCGCCGCCACCGCCACCCCGUCACGGAGGACGCUCGCCGUCAGGGCCAUGGCACCACCCAAGCCCGGCGGCAAGCCCAAGAAAGUGGUAGGCCUCAUAAAGCUGGCGCUGGAGGCCGGGAAAGCCACGCCGGCGCCGCCGGUCGGCCCCGCGCUCGGUGCCAAGGGUGUGAACAUCAUGGCCUUCUGCAAGGAGUACAAUGCCAAGACGGCCGAGAAGGCCGGCUACAUCAUCCCCGUUGAGAUCACCGUGUUCGAUGAUAAGAGUUUCACCUUUAUAUUGAAGACCCCUCCUGCCUCAGUCCUGCUACUCAAGGCAGCAGGUAUCGACAAAGGUUCAAAAGAACCACAGCGAGAAAAGGUUGGAAAAGUAACAGCAGAUCAAGUACGUGCAAUAGCUCAAGAAAAGUUGCCGGAUUUGAACUGCAAGAACAUUGACUCGGCCAUGAGAAUUAUAGCGGGCACUGCUGCUAAUAUGGGAAUCGAGGUUGACCCUCCGAUACUUGAGAAGAAGGAAAAGGUGCUCUUGUAGUCUGUUUUUCCGGCACCUAUAAACCAUCUUAUUGAUGGCUAUCUGUAGAUUUUGUUUCCUUUUCAUUUGACAAUCUGCGUUUCUAAUGCUUAAAAUUUUCCCUACAUGAUCAUUUUGAGAGGAAACAGGCCAUCCACUUCACACAAGCUGUAA